GGCGGAGCUUCGGGUGGCGGGAAGAGCAGGCGCCGGAAUGGAGGUGCAGGAGAGCGGCUCUGGCGCGGCCGAGAGUGGGGCGCAGGAGCCCUCGGCUGUCCCCAGCAAGACCGCGGGUGGCGCUGGCCACUACGAGCUGCCGUGGGUUGAAAAAUACAGACCUCUAAAGCUCCAUGAAAUAGUUGGCAAUGAAGACACAGUGAGCAGGCUGGAGGUCUUUGCAAAGGAAGGCAAUGUGCCCAAUAUCAUCAUUGCGGGUCCCCCAGGAACCGGCAAAACGACCAGCAUCCUCUGCUUGGCGAGAGCGCUGCUGGGCCCGGCCCUGAAGGAUGCGGUUCUGGAACUCAAUGCGUCAAAUGACAGGGGCAUUGAUGUGGUGAGGAAUAAAAUCAAAAUGUUCGCCCAGCAGAAAGUCACCCUUCCCAAGGGCCGGCACAAGAUCAUCAUUCUGGAUGAAGCAGACAGCAUGACGGACGGUGCCCAGCAGGCCCUCCGGAGAACCAUGGAAAUCUACUCCAAGACAACCCGCUUCGCUCUGGCUUGUAAUGCUUCAGACAAAAUCAUAGAGCCCAUCCAGUCCCGGUGUGCAGUGCUCCGCUACACCAAGCUCACUGAUGCUCAAGUCCUCACCAGGCUCAUGAAUGUCAUCGAGAAGGAAAAAGUGCCAUACACAGAUGAUGGCCUGGAAGCCAUUAUCUUCACAGCCCAAGGGGACAUGCGCCAGGCACUGAACAACUUGCAGUCUACCUUCUCAGGAUUCGGCUAUAUCAACAGUGAGAACGUAUUCAAGGUCUGUGAUGAGCCACACCCCCUGCUGGUGAAGGAGAUGAUCCAGCACUGCGUGGAUGCCAACAUCGACGAGGCCUACAAGAUUCUUGCUCACCUGUGGCACCUGGGCUACUCACCAGAAGAUGUCAUCGGCAACAUUUUCCGAGUGUGUAAAACCUUCCCCAUGGCCGAAUACUUGAAACUGGAGUUCAUCAAGGAGAUUGGAUACACUCACAUGAAAGUGGCAGAAGGUGUGAACUCCUUGCUGCAGAUGGCUGGGCUCCUGGCCAGGCUGUGUCAGAAGACCAUGGCUCCGGUGGCCAGUUGAGAUGGCCUCCAGUGAUGAAACUAGGAGGGUCCUUGUCACCGAGACACUGAUGGCCCAGCUUUCCAGUCGUGGGGAGAUGUGCCAGACAUUGUUAGAACAUUCUCACUUUGGUUUUUGUUCUGGGAGAACGGGACUGACUUCGAACUCCUCUGCAGCUGUGCCUGACCUUGAACUGCUGAUCCUGCUCUGCCUCCUGAGUGCUGGGGUUACAGGUGUGCCACCACGCCUGGUUUGUGCAGUGCUUGGGGUGGGACCCAGGGCUUGUGCCUGUCAGGCCAGCAGUCAGCCCCUGGCUGAGCUCCGGAGGGUUCCAUGCUGCCCUUCUGCUCUUCGUAUCUGAAUUCAGCUUCAGAGCCUGGAUAUGGGGCACGGUGGGAAGGCCCCUGACCUCCUCAGACUUGGGGUUGUAGCUGAUAAAGCCUUAGGGUGUUGGUCUUGCAAUGCUUAAAGUAUCGUCUUGCUUCUGCCUGUUGGACCUGUGGCCAGUGAGUGCAGCAGAUGAAGGUCUGACCCCGCACCUCACCACUGGAGUGCCAUCUCCAGAACCCACGAGAAGGUGGAAGAAGAACUGACUCCACAAAGGGGUUCUCCGGGCAGCUAGCCGUGGUGGCACACCUCUCUACUCCCAGCACUUGGGAGGCAGAGGCAGCAGGAGGAUUUCUGAAGUCAAGGCCAGCUUGGUCUACAGAGUUCUGGGACAGCCAGAACUACAGAGCAACUACAUAGAGAGACUUGUCUCAAAAAAACAAGGGGGGCGGGAUGUCUUCUGGUCCCUGCAUACAUGCACACAAUAAUAAGUAAAAUUAUGAAAAUAAAUACAAUUUAAGAAUUGAA